AUGCUCUCAAUAUUGGUCACCGUGGGCUUUCUCUGCACAGCCACUGCCAUUGCUGAAGUAAUGGAAGUGACUCAACCAGCAAUGGUGCUGGCCAACAGGCAAGGAGUUGCCAGCUUGGUGUGUAAAUACAAGCACAUUGGGAAUGCAAAGGAAAUUCGAGUGACUCUGCUUAAACAGACGGGUGACCGGUUCACUGAGAUUUGUGCUUCAACCUACACAACGGAGUUUAAAAUGUUCAGUGUGGAAGAGGUCAUUCAGUGCCAUGUUAGCCCUAGCCGAAACAAUGUGACCCUCACCCUCACUGGCCUGCAAGCUAAUGAUACUGGUCUUUACGUCUGCAAGAUGGAGCGGAUGUACCCUCCACCCUAUUUUAUGAACAAGGGAAAUGGGACGCAUCUCUAUGUCAUUGAUCCAGAACCUUGUCCAGACACUGCCAUACAUCUCUGGGUAUUAGGAGCUACUGCCUCAGGAUUUUUUCUUUACAGUAUCAUCAUCUCAGCCAUUCUUGUGGGCAAAGCGAUAAAGAGAAGACGAUGUCUCACUACUGGGGUCUAUGUGAAAAUGCCUUCUGAAAAGCUAGAGAAAAAAGUGAUUCCAUUCCACAUCACUGUUGACUGA